AUCACACUUGGCUGAUCUUAAGAGCAAUGACUGUGAGCGUCUGUGCCACUUCAGGGUGAACGGGUCACAGGAUGGUUGGAGCCACUGGUAUAACGACGAGCCUGGUUCUGCUCUGUUUGACCAGAACAGGAGCAGAUGCUUGGAUAUUUAGUGAGAGGGCUUAUGAUAUUAAAUAUCCCUGUGAAGGGGGCUUUGGAGAAGUCUGCUUCCAUAUGUGGGAGAUCAGCAAAGGCACACGAGCUGAAUAUGUUGCUGUAGUGAGUAAUGGAGAGCUGCAGAGGGCCGUGCCAGAGGACAAAUGCAUCGUGCACCUUUCAAAUCUAACAGACGAGGAUGUGGGACAUCAUCACUGCAGGCGAAGAAAUAAUGACUUUUCUUCUCAGAUUGCUCCGGAGUCGAAGAAAACGGCAUCUCUGCAGUGUGUUUUCCUCACCUACAUAGAACGCACCCACUGCUACACACAGCAGCAACGAUGGGUCGACCUGACGUGGGUGGACGAAGCCGGCAACGCGGUACAGGAGGACGCCCAACAUCAGAUAAAAAAGUGGACGAGCUGUAACACAACUCUGAGCGUGUCCCUUCAAAGAGCUGAAACCAAGACAUUUAGGUGCCAGGUUGCUGUGGGUGAACAAACCCAGACUUCACCGGCGCUGACAGUAGGAGCAUCAGAUCUUAAAAGAAGUGGCAGAAGAUUCCAAGUGGAAACUGCAAAUCAAGGUGGCCCCACGUACGCCGCCUGGGGAGCCGCGGGGGUCGUGGCCUGCGUCGCCGUGUCAGCGGCGCUCGCGGUGUUCGUCACCAACAAAAGAAGAAGAAACAGUCAGCUGUUGCACGAGCCCAGUUCAGUUCAACACACUUCCAAUAAUGUCCUGACUUCAGAUGAUCUCAUUUAUGCUGACAUUUGUUUCUCAGCUGGCUCUGAGAGAGUGUUGGUUCAGGAGUGCGAGUCCACUGAAUACGCGUGUGUCCGAUGCAACUAGUCCCAACAGUCCGAUAACGGCCGUUUUCCCCACUCAGUUCAUUCUAAAUCUGUCAUUUUCUGCAUUUCUCUCAGGUGCAUUCUUAGGUAUCCUUAAAUGUGUAUUGAAUACAAAAGUUCUAUUCUGUAUAUGCUUGAGAAUAUUUUGUAAAAAUAAAGAAUAUUUUCAACAUCAAUUCUAA